CAUUUCCAAGAUGGCUGCGGUUCAGGGCCGGAGUAGAGAGAGAGCUAGAGAGCAAAAUUAACGGUUUUAACCUAGAAAUUGUUGUUUGUUUGCGUGCUAUCGUUAAAAAAAAGCUAUUCGUCUGCCGUCAGAGACACCGCCCGCGUCACGUUUCAGUAUUCAGGCGAAAGUUUUCUGACAUGGUAUUGAGGAGGAAGUGCUAACUGUGAUGCUGCGGCUAGCUCAGUGCUAAGGUUAGCUCCGUGCUAAUGCUAGCUUAGUGCUAACUGUGAUGCUGCAGCUAGCUCAGUGCUAACUGUGAUGCUGCAGCUAGCUCAGUGCUAACUGUGAUGCUGCAGCUAGCUCAGUGCUAAGGCUAGCUUAGUGCUAACUGUGAUGCUGCGGCUAGCUCAGUGCUAACUGGUGCUGUUGUUAUGGAGCCGGGUGAAGACUGGGAACGGAGCCGAGGAGCGUGUCAGAGACGUGUUUGAUUAGACAGACGUGUUUGAUUAGACAGACGUGUUUGAUUAGACAGACGUGUUUGAUUAGACAGACGUGUUUGAGAAAGUUUUGGCUUUUGUUUGGCUGAUGUGAGCGCCGAAAGUGUUCUGUACGCCGAGUGACCGCGCACAGACACCGGAUCACUGAGGCGCCGUUGGGAUCGCUACCGGUCAUGACACCGUUACCGGAGUCGCCGAGUCACCGAGGCUGCUGAUGGUCGCGUCAGCCGAGGAAGGCAGACCGACACCAUCCGCCGCUCAUGUUACGGAUAACCGAUGCGAAAUGGACGGACCGGACCCCCAGGAGGACAGUUUCCGGCACGGCGACGGAAGCGACAGCCGCCCUACGCGAGAUGAGGGCGACCAGGACCAUGCGUUACCGCGUAACACGAGUCCAGCCAAUCAGCGCACCGCGAUCAAGCUCCCAAACGGUCACGUGAGCUGCAUGUGCGACGCCCGUGACCCGUCUCCACAGUGCUCGGGUGAGGUGGUGGUUAACGGUGAACUGUUGUCAGUUGCUGAAUCCUCAGCUGCCCCUUCUACCAGUUCGCUCUUGUGCGCUUCGAGACCUCAGUCGGGUCAUGUGAGCCCACAAGACGAUGAAGACGAGCCCAGAGGUCGCAGGUCAUCGUCAUCCAGCUCUGAGGCUGUUGACAGGACUCGGGAAUCGGAAACGGCGUCUAAUGACUGCUUAUCUGAAGCCGAGCCGUGUUCCUCCCGGACUCUCUCAAGCCCCGAGGACAGUGAGUCCUGCUCGGACCCGGCGUUCAUGGACGUGAGCCUGUGCUCAAGGAACACGUACGAAAUCAGCCGCCGCCAAAGCGCCCCAGACAACGUGGCCGAGCCGGCCGAGCCGGACCUGAGACAGAAGAAACACGGCAUCUCGGAGAUCUUCGGCAGGGGGCUUUUCUCCAGAAAGCAGAAGGAAUCUGCGAGUGCUCCUGGGUGGAAGCUGUUUGGGAAGGUCCCGCUGAGAGAGAGCCCUCCCAAAGACUCCAAAACCAUCCAACAGGAGAGUAACCCAGGCAAUCUCACGUCCGUCUCAACUCCCAAUCUCUUAAGCGCAGGGGAAUAUGAGGCUAAAACUGUCAAAGGAGCCCAUAGCCCUUCCCAGCCUUCUCAAGGUCGGCGUAAGAACCUGGAGUUCGAACCGCUGUCCACUACAGCGCUCAUAUUAGAAGACCGGCCAGCUAACCUUCCUGCUAAACCUGAGGAGGAAGCUCAGCGGCACCGGCAGGAAUACGACGAAAUGGUGGCCGAGGCCAAGAGGAGAGAGCUGAAGGAAGCCCAGAAGAAGAAGCAGCAGAUGAAGGAGCGCUUCAAGCAGGAGGACAGCAUCGUUAACGCCAUGGUGGUGUGGAACACGGAGGUCCUGCCUAACUGGGACAGCAUGCGCAGCACACGCAGGGUUAAGGAUCUGUGGUGGCAGGGACUUCCUCCCAACGUCCGUGGCAAAGUGUGGAGCCUGGCCAUUGGCAACGAGCUCAACAUCACCCCAGAGCUGUACGAGAUCUUCCUUUCCCGGGCUAAAGAGCGUUGGAGGAGCUUCAGAGAGACAGGCAGCGAGGCCGAGGCAGAGGCGGACAGCGGUGCGUCUCUGGCGGAUCGGGAAUCCAGCCUGGAUCUGAUCAAGCUCGACAUUUCCCGCACCUUCCCCUCGCUCUUCAUCUUCCAGAAGGGAGGACCGUACCACGAUCUCCUACACAGCGUACUGGGAGCCUACACCUGCUACCGGCCUGAUGUGGGAUACGUGCAGGGCAUGUCGUUCAUCGCCGCCGUGUUGAUCCUGAACCUGGAGGAAGCCGACGCCUUCAUCGCUUUCGCCAACCUCCUGAAUAAACCCUGUCAGAUGGCGUUCUUCCGAGUAGACCACGAGCUGAUGCUGAAAUACUUUAGCGUGUUCGAGGUGUUCUUUGAGGAAAAUCUCCCCCGCAUGUUCAGUCACUUCCAAAGCUCCAACCUCACUCCAGACCUCUACCUGAUUGACUGGAUUUUCACGCUCUACAGCAAGUCUCUGCCGCUGGACGUGGCGUGCCGCGUGUGGGACGUGUUCUGCCGAGACGGUGAAGAGUUCCUGUUCCGCACAGCUCUGGGGAUCCUGCGCCUGUACGAGGACGUGCUUGUCCACAUGGACUUUAUCCACAUGGCGCAGUUCCUCACGCGUCUGCCAGAGCACGUCUCUGCCGAGCGCCUCUUCAGCUCCAUAUACAGCAUACACAUGACCAGCAGCAACCGCAAAUGGCCCCAGGUUUUCAGUGCACUAAUGAAGGACAAGGAAUCAGACAAAAGCGGCAGCCCGACUCUGAAAAGCUCCUGACAGACGCCUCGUCGCUUCCAACAUCUCCCGCUUACGUCUCCGGGUUGUCUUUUCUCCUGAAGUCGUGAGCGAGAGAAACGUCCAGGAGUCUGAAGUAGAACUGGUUCUCUUUAUGAUAUGAUGUGCAGUAUUACAGACAUUGGCUAAUGAUUAGAUGUAGGUGAAAAUGUGAGGCGGUGCGAGAGUGUGACAUAAAAAAGACACACGCACUUCCCACAGGGGAAAAAAAUUCCACCACCAGCAUGUUGAUUUGCUGCGCAACAUUUCUGUUCCUCAGAAACGUGGACCAACGCAAGCAGCCUUCGACAACGUCACGUGCUACCGCUGCUUUCUUCCGAUGUUGCACUUAAAGCUGUGAUGUUCAUGAAGGAUCUCAUUAACACUACUCUUACACAGAGGCUCAUGACCAGAAGGCUGUAACGUGUUAAAUGGACAAAGUACUUUGUCUUAAGACCUCAGACCUUGACUCGGUUCUCCAUGACGUGCAACGAGGGUUUGAAAAGCAGUAGGAAGCUUUGCAUGCUUUUUCGCAGUCAGCUUUUCAUCCCACAAGUCUAGUUCGGUUACGGGACAAGGUUUUAUUUCUGAUCCACACGAACACGCAGCUCUUCAGCCGUGACCAAAUGAAGAAGAAAAAAAGACACUAAAUUAUCAAAGCGCCUGUAUUCAAGCAAAACUGUCCUGUCUUAUUAUACAUAUUGUGCAUUUCUGUCUGUUUUAAUAUUCGAUCUGAAUGUAUCUGCUCUGUCGUGGGAAUUUAAAUCCAGUGCAUUUUGUCUCUUGUCAGGGAAAAAAAAUCAAAAAAGGCUUCCAACGUCUCUGAUUCCUGAUUUUAAAACGUUUUAACUUUCUUUUCUAUUACACUCCCUGCUAUUGUACAGUUUUCAUACUCUGUAUAAUUGAGCAGAAUUGUAAAUACGUUAUGAAGUGGACACUAAAAUUAGAGCACAUGUAAAUAAACCCGAGAGUGGAAACGUGA